AUGGACGGCGGCGGCGUGGCUGGCGGCAGCGGCGUUGCGGGGGGUGGCGGCGGCGGCGGCAGGGGUCCUGGUUGGAGCUCUGCGGACGAGGAGUUGAAGGAGGCACUCAUGGCCAGUAAGCUGGACGCCAUUGCAGCGGAGUACAACCACUUGUUGGCCUCGCAGCUGGACUCGCAGCGGCAAUACUACGAGGGACUCCUGGCGCAGGCGGCCCUAGAAGCGGACCACCGCUGCUCCCAAGCGGGUGCUGCAGCUGAUAAGGCCCGCGGGGAAGCUGAGGAGGCGCAGGCGGCGGCACGGGAGGAGGCGAAGCGGCGCCACGCGGCCGAGCGCAAGGCGACGGAGACGGCUGAGCAGUUGCGAACUGUACGGCAGGAGGCCGAGUUCCUGCGCUCCCUCAACGAGACCCUGCUAGCCAACCAGAGGGACCUCAAGCAGCAGCUGGCGGACCAGCGGGCGCGAACCGAGGCGGCGGAGGCGACGGGACGCGAACUGCAGGAGCAGGUUCGCGACCUGGCUUUCUUCAUCGAGGCUCAGCGCACCAUCAGUGAUGCAGCAGGCGGCGAGCUGCGGGAAGGAACGGUGCUGCCGCUGCCUCAGGGCAGCAGCGGCAGCGGGCAGCGUGGUGCGGGGCGUAGCGGAACCGGAGGCGGCAGCAGAGGCAGCGCCCGGGGUGGUGGUGGAGGCGCCGGGGGUCGGAAUGCUGCCAAGUGAGGAUGGAGGUGGUGGAGGGGUGGGGGUGACUGAGGAGGCGGCCGUUACGGACGGCAAUCGUUGGAGCAGUGGUUGCAAGGCAUGCGUUUCCCUGUGGAAAGCAGUCGUUGCGAGUUUGGCGGUGCGAGGUUGUGUUGUUGCGGCUUUGACCACAGGGUGGCUAUCGAAGUUUUAAGCCUUGUUAAGCAGUAGGGACUAGGGACUAGGGAGAUAGAGUGUUGCGCUCGCGACGAGUCCGUGCAUUAAAAAUGGCGUUUUGAAGGUAUUAUGCGUGUAUGAAUGUAGGCUUUGGGCUGUUAGGUGCUUUGCGCGCCGGCAACUGUGUCUUGGUGUUUCUCGUCCAGCUGUUAGGGUUCAAUGUUCGGCCGACCGUAACUUUCGGGAUGGAUUACCCAUAUGCUUUGCACGUUUAGUUUGCAAUGAUUGUUACCUUUUGAGCAACCAAAACAAGGGGUGCCAUUACCAUUGGGGUUAAGCGCGCCAAGUCGGGGACUUCGUCCCGUUUCGGUCUCAUAUUGCGUAAAGCUGCUCGUCAUUCAGGAUAUGCAGGCCUCAUCUUCGAC